GCUGCGGGGGAGGUUCCGGCAGGAGCGGGAGCUUCCGGGAACAGCGGGGCGAAACGGGCCGAGCCUGGACCGGACCGGGCCCGGUUGUGUUUGGAGGGAGAGGAUGAAGAAGGAGCAAGUGGUGCACUGUCAGUUCUCUGUGUGGUACCCGCUCUUCCGGGCCGUCACCAUCCGCAGUGUUAUACUUCCUCUGCCAGAAAAUGUGAAAGAAUAUUUGUUGGAUGAUGGAACACUUGUCGUUUCUGGAAGAGAAGAUCCACCAAGUCAUGCUCAGGAGGGGAGUGACGAUGCAGAAGAAAUACAGUGGUCAGAUGAUGAGAAUACUACAACACUUAAGGCACCAGAAUUUCCUGAGUUCACAGCUAAAGUUCAAGAAGCAAUAACUUCCUUGGGUGGUAGUGUUUUUCCUAAACUUAACUGGAGUGCUCCAAGGGAUGCCUACUGGAUAGCAAUGAACAGCUCUCUGAAAUGUAAAGCUCUUAGUGACAUCUUCCUCCUCUUUAAGAGUUCAGACUUCAUUACUCGUGACCUCACUCAGCCAUUUAUUCACUGUACUGAUGAUUCCCCUGAUCCUUCCUUGGACUAUGAGCUUGUUCUUCGCAAAUGGUGUGAACUAAUCCCUGGUGCAGAAUUCAGAUGCUUUGUCAAGGAAAACAAACUUAUAGGUAUAUCACAGAGGGACUACACUCAAUACUAUGAUCAUAUCUCUAAGCAACAUGAGGAGAUCUGUAGAUCAAUACAGGAGUUUUUCGAGAAACACAUACAGUAUAAAUUCUUGGAUGAAGACUUUGUUUUUGAUGUGUACAGAGACAGCAGGGGUAAGAUUUGGUUAAUAGAUUUUAACCCGUUUGGUGAAGUAACAGAUUCCCUGCUAUUUACAUGGGAAGAACUGACCUCUGGGAAAAACUUGAAAGGACACCAGGGUGAAGGGGAAGCAACAGAACAGGACUAUCCAGUUUUCCGUUGUACGAACAGUAAAGUCACUGUCCAGCCUAGCCCAUACCUGAGUUACCGACUGCCGAAAGAUUUUGUGGACCUUUCUACAGGAGAGGAUGUUCACAAAUUAAUUGACUUUCUUAAACUGAAAAGAAAUCAGCAAGAUGAUGACUGAGGUACCAAGAAGAAUUACGUUGAAUUACAAGCAAGAAAUGUGGCAAAAGCUAUAUUUAGCAUAACUAUUAAGCUAUUGAUUUAAAGAAAACCUGCUUUUUAUAGUCAAUGAAAGAACUGAAGAGCUGUUCAUCCUCUGUGUCUGUUGGUUUAUAUAAAAGUGUAGAAAAGCUUUUUCAGGGAAACAUGAAAGGUCAGGGUGAGUUCUCACUAGAUUCCAGGUUAAAUACAAUUACAUCAUGGUGCAAGCAAGCAACAAUCUGAGUACAAUUGAAUGACUGCUUUCUUAUCUCAUACUGUGAAGAUUGAUGCCAUUGAAGUAUGCCAUUGGACUCUUCAGUGAUAAAUAUGACAACAUUUAAUGCUUGUGCAGUUAAAACGUCAAGCAUUCUCUGAAUUUAGGCACAGUCUUGCUUACAAUAUAGUAUAGUCACAAGGAAAGAAAGGAAUGUACCUUUUUUUCUGUAGUAACCUUUUAA